CUUAAAUCACGCCCUAUUCUUUCACCAGAAACUCAUCACAUUCAACCACCACCACACUCCACCACCACAAAACCAAGUAGAAAAUGUCCACCCUCAAAGAAACCCUGCUCAACGAAAUCGCGCACCUCCGCGCCAUCGCCAAAGACCUCCUCUUCUCCGGCACAUACAUCUACCCCAUAAAAGGAAUAAUCUACACCCUCCACCACCGCCCCCUGUGGACGCCGCUCCUCUCGCGGUCCACCAAAACCCUCACCCUGGGCCUGGGCAUCACCACGACCAUGUUCUUCUUCACCUACCUCCCGCAAGUGGCGCUGCUCACCUUCACCGCGGGGCCUCUUCUCGCGCCCUUCUCCGCCGCCCUCCUCGUGCUCUCCGAAUCCUCCACGAUCACCACCUACCUGGCGCGGUCGUUCCUCCUCGCCGACGCGCUGACCGACACCUUCGACGCGACGCUGCUCGAGCGCGGCGAGGACGCCCUCGUCGCGCGGGAGCGCGCCGUCGCCGUCCCGCCAUCCUCGUCCUCGUCCACUAGCGGGGCCCACCGCCUCGGCACCCGUCUCAAGCACCCGAUCGAGAAACUCUCGCCGCAGAUGCUGCUGCGCUCGCUGCUGUACCUGCCCCUCAACUUCGUGCCGGUCGUCGGCACGAUCGCGUAUAUCUAUGUGCAAGGGAAGCGCGUGGGGCCGGUGGCGCACGCCCGGUACUUUCAGUUGAAGGGGUGGGGCAGGAAGGAGCGCGAGGAGUGGGUGGGUGGGGAUGGGAGGAGGGGGGCGUAUACUGCGUUCGGCAUGGCGGCUUUCGCGUUGGAGAUGAUUCCGUUUGCGUCGAUUGUGAUGGCCUUUACAAAUACCGUUGGGGCGGCGCUGUGGGCGGCGGACUUGGAGAAGGCUACGAGGUGAGAGGUGGGGCUGGGUUGGUUUGGGUUUGGGUUUGAGGGUGUGAGGGUGGAAGGGUGUAAGGGUUCAAGGGUGCGGUUCGAUCAGGUGGAGGCUGGUGUUGUGGUUCAGGGGAGUUGGGACUGGUGCGGUGCGUAGUGUAUAUUGGAUGGGAACUUUGUAACUUUCUGUAUCUGUAGUUUACCCCGGGACAUGGCUGUGGCCACAUUUUAUGCUACCCAUGUUUUUGCAACUAUUGAAGUACUGUACGCAGAUCACUCAUUCAACUCAUGCUC